AUGCGACGUUCACAAAAACUAUCAAUAUUAAAUCAAUUUAAACAUAAUCAUUUGGAAAAAGAUCUAUCAUUCCCCAUACAUCACAAACACAAAUGCGAACAUCCAUUACAAUCAUCACAUCAAUUAGAUAAUAUUGAUACCUUAGAUAUUCAAAAAUUAAUAUCAAAUGCAUAUGAUCAAGCAUUACGUCUUGUUAAAUAUUCAAAAAUACUAGUUAAAUUAAAUGAGCAUCAAAUAAAUUGUUUAAAUGAUUUAAGUAGUUAUAUCUUCGACAUGUUAAAUAAAAAUUCAAGAAUGAUUAAUUAUUCUUUCCGAACAGAAAAUAACACCACUGACGAGUUUGGAUUGGAUGAAGAAAAUGAAGAUAAUGACGUCAUCAAUUAUGCACCAGACCAACUUAUUGAUGAAAUUCUAUUUGAUGCUCAAAGCGACGGUGUUAGUGAUGAUGAUGAAAAUAUAUUAAAUUCAACAAAAUCAGAUUUUAAUGGGAUAAGAAUAGUUGAUAAUAUUAAUCCUGCCAUAAGAAAAUCGUAUUUCAAAGUCAAAAUAAAUGACAAUAUUAAGUAUCUUCACAAACAAUCGGCCUGCUGGCUGCAAUCGAGUCAGAUAACGAAAUUAUCAAGUGAUCGUUUAUCUCGUGUCAUGCAACAAACACCUGGUCAUGAUUAG